AUGCCAUAUCCACCAGUAACUAAAACAUUUCCAUUUUGUAAUACAGAUGAAAAUUUUAUGUUAUCACCUAAUAAACAGAAAGAAGUUCAUGACAAUGGUAGACAUACUGCCUUUGGUAAACAACAAGUAAUAAUACACACUGACACAUUUGAUGAACAUGCAUAUGUUAUGUUGUUACAUGGUUCUAAAAUCGAACAUAGUAUACCUGGUGCACAGUAG